UUUACAAUUUUAUUUGCGAGUCAAAAGCGCAACGUUUAACAAGCUUAGCUGGCGCGGCGCGCGUUCAACGCGAUGAAGUUUAUGUAAUUGAAAAUUCUGAAAGUUUAGCUGCAAAGUUUUUAUGAAAUCCAAAGAAUGCAAAUGCGAUAGCUAAAAGCGAAAUGAUAACUAAUUACUAUUGCAUAAUUAUCAAUAUUUAAUUGGUGCCGAAGCAGUUAUUGUGCUCUGUGUUUGCAAAUCAUUAUUGCUAUCAUCGUUUAGUUUUGAAUGCCGCCUACAUCGGUGCAACAGUUAAUCAAUAAGUGUUCAGUAUUCAAAUUGAAAGCAGAAAUUCAUGCACGCGCACACAUAUACAUACAAAGCCACAAUGCAACAUAGUAUUUGUGCUGCACAAACGACCGUAAGCACCGAAAUGCCAAAGUCAUCGACGCCACCAGCAGCUCAACUGCGUCUGUCCACAUUGUCACAGCGACAGCCUUUCAAACGCCUACUCGCCACAGUGUUGCUGCUUUGCUGCCUGCAAUUGUUGCACAUCAACUGCCAUGCCCUACUACUCAAGUGUCCACUUUAUCAAAUGCGCCUACAGAAAAUUGUUGGCUUCCGGCCGCCACUGGAAUAUCUAACCGAACAAAACCUCAUCUACGCGCCGACAUAUAAUUUCAAGGAUCGCAAUCGCCACAGACGCGAAAGUUACAGCGUUGUAGGUGCGACAGAUGGUCAAAGUCACGAACUGGCGAUAGCCUGCGAAACCGCGAGCGCCAUUUGUUGGCGUUUAUGUAAUGAGGACAGCGAUUGUAUUGCCUAUGUCCAUCUGCUGGAUACGAAUGAAUGCUAUGGCUAUACGUACUUUGACCGUCAGCCACGCUACCAGGCGAUUGCCAAUGAACUGCCUUUGGUGGCGGAUGCUGAAGCGAUUUUCUAUGAGAAAACCUGUUUGAAGGUGCCCGAGGUGUGCAAACAACGCAAAUGGACGCUGACAAAAAUUCCCGGUACGAGUCUGGUGUUUCAGGGAAAGAAGACAAUAGCAACGCUGGUCACGCGACGUGAAUGCGCCGAAAGAUGUCUCUUUGAAAGCGAAUUCAAGUGUUUGUCCACAUCAUUUGCGCCAUCCUACCGUAAUAAUCGUGAGAGAUUCAGCCAACAUGUGCCAUCCGAGCAACAUGCGAGUAACAAUCAACAACUACAACAACAGCAGCACCAACAACAAACGCAACAGAAUACAUUGGGCCGUUGCAUACUGAGCGAUAAAGAUAAAAUGAUACAACCCGAUGCUUUCCGGGCUGCGCCCUACGAUGAAGAAUACAUGGAAAAUCAAUGUUACGAACGACCGAUCGAGAACGAUAACUGUUCAUACGAAUUGUAUGCGAACAGUAGCUUCAUCUAUGCGGAAGCAAAGUAUUUGGGUUUAACCCAAAAAGAGUGUCAAGCAUACUGUUCGCAUGAGACGAAAUUCUACUGCCAGGGUGUGUCAUUCUACUUUGAACACGAUCUAACCAAUUCGGAAUGUCUGCUGCACUCCGAGGACAUAAUCUCCAUGGGACCGCGCAGUUUGAAGUUGCGUGAGAAAUCUGUUUAUAUGCGUCGCGUCAAAUGCUUGGAUGUGCAGGUGCUGUGCACACAAGACGAAAUGGCCAUCAAGUAUACCCCGAAAGAUUGGUUUCACGGCAAAAUGUAUGUAAGUAUGCAUUCGGAGCACUGCAUGGCACAGGGCAACGGCACUAGAAGUACCGUGUUACGCCUGCCGAUCGGUACCGAGGUCAAAGAGAAUCGCUGCGGCAUAUUGCGUGCCUACGAAGUCACCAAAGCAUAUCAGAGAAUCUUUAUAUCCGCUCUGGUGGUAAUUCAAAAUAAUCCGAACGUGCAAACACAAGGCGACCGUCUCAUUAAAGUCGGUUGCAUAAUGAGCAAUUCGACGAUGCGGCAAGAAGGUACCAAUGACGAUGGCAAUGAUGAGAAUGAGGUUGAAGGCGAAGAUGUACCGAAUGCCAUAGCGUUGGAAUCAUCGUUGGAGUUUUCACAACACACGCUGCCAAAUGAGGGUUCACUGCUCUUCAAUAGCACCGACGUGCCACUGCUGCCCAAGGUAACGCUACAAAUUGUCGAUCUCUCACAUCAACACGAAACGAACGACGUGCAAAUCGGGCAAAAUCUAGAACUACAAAUCGUUGCUGAAUACUCACCACACCAGCAACAGUUGGUCAACUAUGCACUGCCGCCAUUACCCGAUUUUCGCGCAACUUCGUUGAUCGCCAAAACGCAGGAUAAUCAAAAUGUCGUAAAACUGAUCGAUGAACGCGGUUGCGCCGUCGAUGUAACAGUAUUUCCGGCGCUAGAGCGUGUACGCACCACCACACAAAAUAAGCUGCGAGCACGCUUUCAUGCUUUCAAGUUUGCCGGCUCCUCACUGGUGAAUUUCGACGUUCAAAUACGCUUUUGUAUGCAACGUUGUCCGGAAGAUAAUUGCUAUCGCUACGGCAGCACCGUUGAGAGUGAAAAUUCUAGCAACGCAUCGAAUAAUCGUGUGAGACGUCGUCGUCGCCAGGUGCAAGCGCGAGCGCCGUCACAAACACAGGAACCACUGCCGCCACUCUCCACACGCUUCAAAGUACAAAAUCCCGUCUACGUCUCGACGGUAAUGGAUGUGGCUGAGGAUCAGCUUGAGCAGAUGAAUUUAACGCGUGAUUUAAAUGCGAAAAACAUGUCCAUGCAAGAUUUGGGCGUACUGCCAUUGAACUUUAAUUUGCACGUGCGUGGUCCCGAUCAGGUCAACAGCAACAGCUUCAUUUACGGCGAGCGCGGCAUCUUGCUGAUUGCGGGCAUUGAUCACAUGCAAUUGGAUAAUUUUUGCUUGAAUCAGAGCCUUCUUAUAGCUCUAUUGAUAUUCUGGUUAAUCUUCCAAGUCGCGCUAAUGUUCAGCUGUUGCUAUGUCAUACAGAAGUACAAACGUUUGGCGAUGAUGGACGAGGAACACCGCAAGAUCAAGGAGAGUCUAGACUACCUUGAAAGUCGGCGCGUGCACUGGGCGGAUCAAGGCGGUUACACACUUUGAUUGCGAAUAAACUUAAAUUAACGUAUUUUGUAUUUGGUUGUAAAUAAACUUUAAUUGUAAUGUUUAA